AUGGAUAGAAAUGGUACACCACAAUUAGGUAGAUUACAACAGUUAGUCCCAUCAAUUUCUGGAUUCUUUACUAAAUUACCCUUGGAAAAAGCUUUUUAUAUCGAAGAUGAACGUAGAUCAAUUAGUGUUCGUCGUCUUGUUGCACCAAGUUUUAAUGAUAUUAGAUUAAUUUUAAACACUGCCCAAGCUUUAGCCUUAGCACAAAGCUCUACACCAUUGAAACUUGUGACUUUUGAUGGGGAUGUUACAUUAUAUGAAGAUGGGAAAUCUCUUGCACAAGAUGCAAAAGUUGUUCCAAGGUUAAUUAAUUUAUUAUCAAAAGAUAUUAUUGUUGGUGUUGUUACAGCAGCUGGUUAUAAUGAACCAAGUGGUGAUAAAUAUUAUGCAAGAUUAAAAGGUCUUAUUGAUGCCAUUGUUAAUGAUACAAACUUGACAAAGACUCAAAAAGAAAAUUUUACAGUUAUGGGUGGUGAAUCAAAUUAUUUAUUCCGUUAUGAUGAUAACAAGCAAGGUUUACUUUGGGUUGACCCCAAGGAAUGGUUAUUAGAAACAAUGGCAAGUUGGGAUGAAACAGAUAUCUUAAACACUUUAGAUUUGGCACAAUCUACAUUAAAAGGAUUACAAAAAUCACUCAACUUACCUGCAUACGUUAUUAGAAAACAUAGAGGUGUUGGACUUGUCCCUAAUGAAGGUAUAAAAUUAUCUAGAGAACAAUUAGAAGAAGUUGUCCUUUCAACUCAAAAAAGAUUAGAAAUUUCUCAAUCUGCUCAACGUAUUAAAUUCUGUGCUUUUGAUGGUGGUGCUGAUGUUUGGGUUGAUAUUGCUUCAAAAGAUUUAGGUGUUGAAUCUUUACAAAGAUAUUUUGGUAAUAUUAAACCUAAUCAAACCCUACAUAUUGGUGAUCAAUUUUCAAGUGUUGGUUCUAAUGAUUUUAAAGCAAGAUUGGCUGGAUGUACUGUAUGGAUUGCAAAUCCUGAAGAAACUGUUCAGGUAUUGGAUGAUUUAGAUAAAUAUAUGAUUGAAGAAGAAGCAUUUAGAUAA